AUGUUCAUCGGAGGGUUAAACUGGGAGACUACAGAUCAAUCUUUGAAAGAUUAUUUUUCCCAGUUCGGAGAGGUGCAGGAAUGCACUGUAAUGCGAGACAGUGCUACAGGUCGCUCUAGAGGAUUUGGAUUUUUGACUUUCAGAGAUCCUAAAACUGUGAAUACUGUUAUGGUCAAGGAGCACUACUUGGAUGGAAAAAUUAUUGAUCCCAAGCGUGCAAUCCCGCGUGACGAGCAGGAGAAGACGAGCAAAAUCUUUGUGGGUGGUGUCAGCCAAGAGGCAAAUGAACAUGAUUUCAAAGAGUUCUUCACCCAAUUUGGUCGUGUGAUUGAUGCUACCUUGAUGAUCGACAAGGAUACUGGCCGGCCUCGUGGCUUUGGGUUUGUGACUUUUGACAGCGAAGCCGCCGUGGAGGCGGCCCUGUCGCGUCCCUUGGAUAUCCUUGGGAAGCCCAUUGAGGUCAAAAAAGCUCAACCACGGGGAAACCUGCGUGAUGAAGAAGACCGCAGAUAUCGCCGCGGCAGGGAGAAUUUCCGAGAAGGUGGCCAGAUGAGCAGUGAUGGCUCCCAGCAGCAAGCAGGCGCUCCAGGACAGGCCAACAUGGCUGGUGGUCUAACUCCACAGAUGAUGGCACAGUAUUGGCAAAGGAUGCAACAAUACUUUGCCUUGAUGCAGCAGCAAAUGGCCGUCGCCGCCGCUCAAGGUCAAGGGAUGGGGGCCAUGGGAAUGGGGGCAAUGAACCCUGCCAUGAUGCAGCAGAUGCAGAUGAAGCAGAUGCAGCAGAUGCAGAUGGGCAAUAGCCAACAGCAAGGAAGCCUUAGCCCUCCCUCGCAAAGUGCGACUCCCCAGGCGAUGUCGAACAUGAUGAACCCCGCUAUGAUACAGCAGAUGCAGCAGAUGCAGCAGAUGCAGAAUCAAGGACAGAACAACAACGUCGGAGGCAUACCGGCACAAAUGGGUAAUGCCUUGGGAGGAAGUGGUAGUAUGAAUACUAACGCGGGUGGAAACUUCACUGGGCAUCGAGGAGGGCCUGGUUACAAUGCCCAUGAACAGAUUGCUUUUGAACAGCAAAAAUAUGAACAGCAGCAGGUACGUCGAGCCAUGGAGAACCGGGCCUUCUCUCCGUACCAACAGGGCGGGCCAACGUCAUGGGAAGGCAUGUAUGAUGAAGUGCCUCAGCCUAAUAUACCCACGGGACCCCAGGCUAUGAACCGUGCCGGGAGUAUGGGACGCGGACCUACCCCCCAGCCGCAGAGUGCUGCCCCGGCCAACGCCCCGACAGGACCCAAGAACGCUGGCAAGCCGGGUGCAAACUAUCGUGGAGGAGGCCGGGGAGGUCACAGAGGCUUCCACCCGUAUGCUCGGGGCUGACCCAGCCUUCUCGUCUACCGCAUGCCUGUGCUUUUUCUGUCUUUCCUUCGCUAGUUUCAGUCAUGGUUUUGCUGUCCCUUUCAUCCGCCAUGCAGUCCCCCUUGGUGCAAUUCGUUUUACAUCAUGAAAUAUGGUCGCCCAUGGUUUGGCUGCAUCAUUGGGCUCGGUGGGGUCUUGUGAACAACGGUUAUGUCUAAUGUAUUCAUCAAGUGAUGCUCUCGUGCGUCCUUUUCUGUUCUUUUCUCCUUUUUUAUAUUUCCGUCGCUGCGUAUAUCUUCUUUUUGAGUCUGGGAUCACCCAAUUUCCAAAGCAAUGCCAAACUGAAGCAAGAAAUUCGAGGGUGGUUCCUGCAUAUGGCCGAAUAACUGGUGGUAGUUUCAAUGAACCUGCACUUUUUGAUCUAAC